AAGGGGGCAGCCACCGGGUGGAGUCCUCAUGGCAUGGCCUCUAUCGAAUCGUUAUUACAGAAAUGCACUGCUCUCACACACAUCAAACAACUCCAAGCCCACCUCCUAACCACCGGCCUUUUCCAAUUCUACCCUUCCCGCUCCAAACUCCUCGACUUCUGCGCCACCUCCUCCGCUGGCAGCCUCCCCUACGCCACCCAUAUUUUCCACCACAUCCCCUUCCCCGCCACCAACGACUGGAACGCCAUCAUCCGCGGCCUCGCUCAGAGCCACCAACCCACCAAUGCCAUCACAUGCUACAUCUCCAUGUCACGUGCCCCGUGUAAACCUGACGCCCUUACUUGCUCUUUUGCCCUGAAAGCAUGCGCGCGUGCUUUAGCUCGCUCUGAGGCCUUGCAGGUAUUCUCUCAAGUGAUACGCUUGGGUUUCAAAGCGGACGUGUUGCUACAAACUACAUUAUUGGAUGUAUUUGCGAAAACGGGUGAUUUAAAUAAUGCUUGUUACGUGUUUGAUGAAAUGGGUAUGAGAGAUAUUGCGAGUUGGAAUGCUUUGAUAGCUGGGUUGGCUCAGGGAAGUCGACCAAGUGACGCCUUGGAGCUGUUUAAGAAAAUGAAAGUAGAGGGUCUUAAGGCGAAUGAUGUUACAGUGCUUGGUGCGCUUUCCGCAUGUUCACAAUUGGGUGCUAUAAAGGAAGGUGAGAGUGUGUAUAAUUACAUUAGAGAUGAGAGAUUAGAUGAUAAUGUGAUUGUGUGUAAUGCAGUUAUUGAUAUGUAUGCAAAAUGUGGGAUUGUGGAAAAAGCUUAUUGGGUUUUUGAUAAUAUGAGUUGUAGGAAGAGCCUUGUUACGUGGAACACAAUGAUCAUGGCAUUUGCAAUGUAUGGGGAUGGAGUUAAAGCACUUGAGCUUUUCAAGCAAAUGGUUCAAGCGGGGGCGGUUCCGGAUAGUGUCAGUUAUUUAGCUGCACUGUGUGCAUGUAACCAUGCAGGUAUGGUGGACGAAGGGGUGCGGUUGUUUGAAUCAAUGGCAGUGUGUGGGGUGAGUCGUAAUGUCAAGCAUUAUGGUAGUGUGGUUGAUUUGUUGGGAAGAGCUGGGCGGUUAGAGGAAGCAUACAAGAUUAUAAAUUCAAUGCCUAUGGUUCCAGAUGUGGUGCUUUGGCAAACCUUGUUAGGUGCUUGCAAGACUUAUGGGAAUGUGGACAUGGCAGAGAAGGCGUCGAGGAAGCUCGUGGAGAUGGGGUCUAAUAGCUGUGGGGAUUUUGUGUUGUUGUCGAAUGUUUAUGCUGGGCAUGAGAGGUGGGAAGACGUGGGAAGGGUCAGGGAGGCAAUGAAGAAUAGGGACGUAAAGAAGGUUCCGGGGUUUAGCUAUAUCGAAGUAGAUAAUGUGAUAUACAAGUUUGUUAAUGGUGAUCAGAAUCAUCCGAAAUGGAGGGAGAUUUAUAUGAAGCUUGAUGAGAUUAGGUUUAGGAUUAAAGAGUUCGGAUAUGUGGCGGAGACUAAUUAUGUGUUGCAUGAUAUAGGGCAGGAGGAGAAGGAGAAUGCAUUGUGUUAUCAUAGUGAGAAGUUGGCUGUGGCAUUUGGUUUGAUUAGUACAAGUGAUGGGAGCACAAUAAAUGUGAAUAAGAAUCUUAGGAUUUGUGGAGAUUGUCAUGUGGUGAUCAAGCUUAUUUCGAAGAUUUACGGGCGGGAAAUUAUUGUGAGGGAUCGAACACGGUUUCACAGGUUCAAAGAGGGGUCUUGUUCUUGCAGGGACUAUUGGUGAGUUUAAUUCAUUGUUCGACUAAGUGUAUCAUAUGUAGGAAAUGCAACUUUCGAAUUAUCAUGUACAAG